GCAAAAACCGACUUUUUCUCUCUCCUUUUUUUUCUUCUCUACCAAUUAGGAGACCAUGGCGGAUUUAUAACGCACAGAAAAGUGUCCAACCUGCACAUUCAUGUCUGCUGUCGUCACCAUCUAUGGUUGGAAAAGCUUAAGAACAAUGGCAAAUGUACUGGCUAGAAGAACACCUAAAGGGAAGCGAGAACAUAACAUCUAGAAAGGCUGUUAUACUGCCGGUCCAACAAACCAAAAGGGAAGCGAGAGCAGAGAGCGGGUAUUGGGAUGGGGUUAAGAAGCCAAAGGAGGACGUCAUGGUUCACAGCGGCUCUGCUUCCCCAAUGAACACAACACCGUCAGCAUCACCUCAUUUAACUACAGCACCUCCUUUAGUCCCUCCGUCUGGAGGUACUACAGAUCAGGACCAAACCCAGUCCCCUGCUAAACUCCUCACCGCAGGCCUUACGUCCAACUCUGAUCUGACUCAGACCGGCACUCCUGCUGAUACAGAGCAGCCUGUUGUAACUCCAGCCAAAGCACUAAGUACUAAGUCAAGCCAGGAAUCAGUGUGGUCUUCUGCACAGACACCAACACCUGUUCCCGGCCCAGUCAAUGGCCGCACAUCGGGCAGGAAGAGGACUCCAAAGUCCUGUGACUGUUGUGGCCCCAACAGCACGGGGCACAAUGUCAGAACCUCGGGGACAGGGAAGGGGAGAGGAAGAGGAAGGGUGGCCGGCAGGGACCCUGGGGUCACUCCUAAAGGGAAAGUGGACCAGUUGACGCAUAUCAAGAGCUUUGAUUCGACCAAGGGGGAAGUAAAUGAUGAAGAUAAGGUGCAAAUGCCUGUUGCACUGGCUAAUACACAGUCACAUACGCCUGUUGCCAAGGCUGUCACCGUCCCCUUGCAGGAAGAAUCCCUGAGGAACUGUGUCAUUCCAGAGAAAGCAGAUGCGCAUAAAAAGGAGGAUGUGUUGAUAGACGGCUCCGCGGCGUCUGAUGUAGUAGAAAAAAGAGGUGGGGAUUACAAGAGCGCAGAUGUCCGAUUGAUAGGUACUGUGGGCGGGGGGUCACUAGUGGUUAGAGGUCAAGGAAGGGGAAUGAUGAAAGCCGGAAGUGCAUCGAAUAUGGAAGUUAACACUGAAAUUAAAAAGGGAGAAACAGGUGGUGCUGCUGUCUGUUCUAAAACCGAGGCCUUGGCUCCGUCAGUGGUGCAGAGGGAAAUUCAAGAUGCACACAUGCACCACGGGGACCAGAGUGACCCCAGCUCAGUUAAUUGUCCACUUCAUUCCCUGCAUUUAGCGGAUUUCUCAGAUUUAAAAGCAAACACACUGGGUCACAUAAUCACUUUCAUGACAACUUCCUCUGUUUUAGAGUUUCUGGAGAGCUUCUAUAUAAAAUACGGCAGUUUCAUUCCUCUCAGUGAAUCUGAUGUCCGGGAACACCUGAAGAAGGAGAGCAAGUGUGACCUCAGCAACAGUGGGUUGGACAUCAAAAGAGAGAUGUCUCGGUACAAGUCGGGGCUGUCUUCUGCUCCUGUUGCAGGCUUCAUGGUCAUGUAUAAUAAACACACACUAAGGCUGGAGGACCUCGGCACACUGGAGGAACAGAAUUGGCUCAAUGAUCAGAUUAUCAACAUGUAUGGAGAACUCAUUAUGGAGGCUACGGAGCACAAGGUUCAUUUUUUCAACAGCUUUUUCCACAAGCAGCUUGUGGCCAAAGGUUACGACGGCGUGAAGAGAUGGACUAAGAAAGUAAGGACAUUUGGCUUCUUUGGAGUCAGUUUUUACUGGAAGCUGCAGAAAACUAGGUUCAGUUACUGGAAAUGUUUCUGUGGCGUCUGUGUGCUCCUGCUGAGAACCAUCAUCUAAAUACAAAC